AUGGAUACCGGAGAGAUCACAGAAAAGGCUGUCAAUAAGGCCGAAAGCCCUGCCAGCGUCGAGCACGCGGAAAAGCCUCCUCAGCGACACAAUGUCUUUGAUAUCGAAGGCCGGUCGGGUGGUCUCAAUGCUGUGUUUGAGAACCCUCUGGCAGGUAUCCCGCGGGAGCAACUGCUCACCGACGUGGAGAGCUUCUGUCGUCAGUACGGUCUUGAAGACCACUUGGACGAUUUCCGAAAGGGUGCUCUGAUAUCGCAGAAUCCAAAGGCCGCUUUGGACCUCCCUGACCUGACUGAUGAGGACAAGGAGAUCAUCCGGCGGGAACAGACUCAUAAAUGGUCACAGCCCUGGCAGCUUUACUUUAUGGCCGCCAUGUGCUCUCUUGCCGCCGCCGUGCAGGGAAUGGACGAGACAGUCAACAACGGUGCCCAAGCCAUCUACCUCAAGCAACUCGGAAUCACCUCUCCCCGCUUCUCCGCGAAAAUGCAAGACUACCUGACCGGACUCAUCGUUGGCGCGCCCUACCUCGCAUGCGCAAUCGUCGGGUGCUGGCUCACCGAGCCCAUGAAUCGCUACCUCGCCCGGCGCGGCACCAUCUUCCUCUCCUGCUUCAUCGCCGCGGUAGCCUCCAUCUGGGAAGGUGUCGCCAACUCCUGGGUGAACCUAUUCAUCGCCCGCUUCGUGCUCGGCCUCGGCAUCGGAUCCAAAUCGUCCACCGUCCCCGUCUACGCGGCCGAAUGCUCCCCGGCCCCAAUCCGCGGCGCCCUCGUCAUGAUGUGGCAAAUGUGGACAGCCUUCGGCAUCAUGCUCGGCAAUAUCAUGGGCGUCGCCUUCAUGGGCCUCUCCGAUGACCUCUCCUGGCGGCUCAUGCUCGGCUCCACCGUCGUCCUCCCGCUCAUAGUCUGCGCCCAAGUCUACUUCUGCCCCGAAUCCCCUCGCUGGCUAAUCCAACACAACAAAAUCAACAAAGCAUUCAAAUCCUUCCGAACCCUUCGUCCCUCCGACCUCCAAGCCGCACGUGACCUCUACUACGCAUACAUCCAAGUGGAACUCGAACGCAAAGUCAACACGGGCAAGAACUUCUUCACCAUGUUCCUCGAACUGUUCACCAUCCCACGCAACCGUCGUGCCACUCUGGCCUCCUGGAUCGUCAUGUUCCUCCAGCAGUUCUGCGGGGUGAAUGUGAUAGCCUAUUAUUCGACCACAAUCUUCCAAGAAUCAGGAUACAGCACGCAACAAGCCCUCCUGGCAUCAAUGGGCACAGGGAUCCUAAACUGGGUAUUCGCCCUUCCCGCAUUCUUCACAAUUGACACCUGGGGACGUCGAAACCUAUUACUAUUCACCUUCCCCUUCCUAGCCAUCUGUCUCCUCUGGUGUGGAUUCUCCUUCUGGAUCGAUCCCGACGACAGCACAAGUAAGAAGCGAGUGGCCAUGGUAACAACGGGCAUGUAUCUCUUCGAGGUAUUCUAUUCACCGGGUGAGGGACCCGUACCAUUUACUUACUCCGCGGAAGCAUUCCCAUUGCAAGUCCGCGAGGUAGGUAUGUCGUGGGCGACAGCAACAACAUGGUGCUUUAAUUUCAUUCUUUCGUUUACGUGGCCGCUGCUACUUCGGGCAUUUAAGCCCCAGGGUGCAUUUGGGUGGUAUGCGGCGUGGUGUGUGAUUGGGUGGUUUUUGGUCUUGUUGUUUGUGCCGGAGACGAAGGUAGAACUCACCCUCGAAGAACUCGACCAGGUCUUCUCCGUUUCGACACGCAAACACGCCUCCUAUCAGCUCAAGAACGCAUGGUGGCAUUUCAGGGUGUGGGUGCUACGGCAGAAGUUGGAGCCGUUGCCGAGGUUUUAUGAACAUGCGGAGGAAUUGGCGGAGGGAACGGCGGGGCAUGGGGAGAAGGAGAAGUGA